AUGGCAAAUUUUCAUUUAAAUCUGCCUACUUGGGGCUCAGAGGCCUUAGUCCUUCCCCUUGUAAAUAUCUUUGGAAGUGCAUUUGAAAAGUUAAAGUGCCUUACAGAAUUCAGGUGUUCUGAUCCUCAGGAAACUAUUAUGCAUGCUUUGGUCACUUGCCCCUUUGCUAUUAGAGUUUGGUUCAUUUCUGAUUUCAACAUCAAUACUCAAUUUUUUCAGAAUAAAUCUUUUUUAGAUUGGCUUCUUUUCUGGUUAACUGACCAUCAGUCUAAAUUGUCUAAAGAUAAUCAAUGUCUCUUUGUGGCUAUCUUAUGGUCUCUCUGGACCAGUAGAAACAACUUCAUUUUCCAAGGAAGUAGAGAAAACUUCACUGCUGUCUUAGCUAGAGCUAGAGCUAUGCUCCUCACCAGGAAUUCUAGAAAUCCUAGUUUGACUACUCCCUCCACCAUACAUGUCAGUAUUAGUGAUAAAUGGAUGCCUCCUUCUUUUGGUUGGAUUAAAUGCAAUAUUGAUGGUGCCUUUGAUGAUAUCUCUGGAGUUAAUGGUGCAGGGUAUGUGAUGCGUGAUUUCUCAAGAAAAGCAACCUUUUGUGCCUCCUUAGUCUUUGAUGUUCAGUCUGCUGAAGAAGCUGAAGCAAGGGCCAUCUGGGCAGUUCUGAAGAAAGCUGUGGAACAACAUCUCUCUCACAUCAUUGUAGAAAGUGAUGCAAAAGCUCUCAUCGAUCAAUUUUCAUCUGGGAAUUUCGAUGGAGACUCUAGGACGGAUGCUAUCUUUAAAGACAUUCUCUUUUUUUCUUCCAAAUUAUCUGCUUGUAUCUUUAGUUUUCAGCCUAGAAGUUGUAAUUCUGUAGCUCAUGAGCUUGCUCAAUGGGAAAAACAAAACAAUUCUUCCAUGUACUGGUCUAAACCCCCUGUUUGGAUCUUUCCAACAGUUGAGGAAGACCAUUAG